GGAAGCAACCAUGGUGGAAAUGCUGGAGGAAGAAUACCAGUUGUUGGAGCACCAAACUAUGUGGUAGAUUUGACACCAUCUCAUGUGGGUGGCGAGUAUGAGUCAAAUUACCAUCAACAAUUUGAAGGUGCCAGAAAUUUUAGAAGGAAGGGCCAUUACAUGCAAGGGCAUAGUAGGGGUAGAGGGCAAGGACACUACGAUGGUCGAGGAAACACACAGAAUUAUAAUAAUAGCUUUUCAAAUCCUCAUCCUGCUAAGACUCAGAGCCCUUCAUUAGUGUUACCACAAGACAAGUAUGCUAAUACUCAACCACAGGAACAAACAAAACCAAAAGAAAAAAUGAGUGCUAGAUGGCGUCGAAUGCAGGGAACUGACAGUGAGAGUGACAGUGAAGACACUGAGUCAGACAGUAGUGAUAGCAGCAGUGACAGUAGUGGUAGCAGUAGUAGUAGUUCUGGGAGUUCAAGUGGUUCAGACUCAGAUAGUGAUGAUAGCUCUGUUCAUAAACACAAGGUUAGCAAAGAUGGAAAAAAAGAUUUAAGCCAGGGAGAUGCAAAACCAGUUGUUAUCCCUGCUAAUAGUAGUCUUAAGGUACAACGUUCUAAAGAUGCAGUUUCAAAGUCUCCUCCAAAGCAAGUUAUUGCUCAUGGUAAAAGCUCCCCUCAGAAGGCUGUAGGAUCAUCAAGACGAAGCUCUGUGAGCCCUACCUCCAAGAAGUAUAGUGGUUCUCAGCAGCAGCAGCAAAAGCAGUCACCAAACCAUUUACAUAAAAGACUGUCUGGUAGUCCACCCAGCCACAAUACUUUCUCUUCCAGCGUAAGACCCCGAAGCCCAGCUCAGCAUCUUAGUUCUAGAAGUCCAGGAAGAGGAAGUGGGAGAAGCCCAGGAACUAGGGGCCGCAAUGUUCGUUCUAGAUCCCUUUCUCCUUCCAGGAAGAGAUCUAGGAGCCCUUUACCUUGGAAGAGAGGAAGGAGUCCUCUUCCUCUUGGACGAAGCAGAAGUCCUAUGCACAGAAGAGUUUCACCAAGGAGGGGUUCAAGGAGCCCCUUGCCUGGUAAGAGCCCAAGUCCAAGAGAGAGAAGAGGUUCAAGGAAUUCUCCAGUUCGCAGAAAUUCCAGUCAUUCUUUAUCGGGGAAGGCCUCUCUUGGAAGGAGGAGCUCAAGGAGUCCUUUGGGAAGAUUAUCAAGGAGUCCUUUAGGUAGGAGUUCUAGAAGUCCUUUCAAGAGAAGCACAAGAAGCCCUCUCAGAAGAGGUUCCAGGAGUCCCCUUGGCAGGGGGCCUAGGAGUCCUCUUGGUAGAAAUUCAAGGUCUCCUCUUGGAAGUCGACCCAGAAGUAUGGGAAGGAGAGCAUCAAGAAGUCCCUACAGUAGAAGAGGAUCAAGGACUCCUGUAAGAAGGAGGGGCUCUUUCAGCCCCCUGCCAAGGAGAGAUUCCAGAAGUCCUAUGCAUCGAAGAACUCCUCCACUGAAAGGUUCUAGGAGUCCAUUACCAAGAAGUCCCUUACAGAAACGAAGUUCGGGACCCUAUAUUUCUAGAAGAUCUUCAAGAAGUCCAUUACUGAAAAGAAAUUCACGAAGUCCACUCCCCCAUCGAAGCACAAGAAGUCCUUUACUGAGUCCGCGAUCUAGACGAACUCCACCAUUAAAAAGACGUUCAAACUCAGCCCAGAGAAACACAUCAAGAAGCCCACAUAGACGAAGUUCUCAAAGUCCGGGGAUGAGGAGAAGUUCUAGAAGUCCGCUUCACCGAAGACUGGAGUCAAGAAGCCCAAUUCGUAGGCAAGACUCCCGAAGCCCUUUUCACAGGCAUGGGUCAAGAAAUUCACUGCACAGACAGGCUUCAAGAAGUCCUAGACCAGGCAGGCACUCAAAAAGGUCUUUGCCUCCAAGGGGGUCCAGAAGUCCAGUAUCAAGGCGGCACUCAAGAAGUCCUUUGCACCGUUUAUCAAGAAGUCCUUAUAGGGAACUAGGUAAGAGUCCUGGGGAAGGUGGAAGAAUGAAACCUGAAUCAAGUCGAAAGAGAGGGCUAUCAAGAAGCUGUAGUCCACCACCAUGGAGAUAUUCAAGAAGCCCUGUUCGCAGGAGCUCUAGGAGCCCUUUAGGUAGGUUGGCACGAAGCCCACACAGAUUAAACAAAAGUUCACCACAAAAGCUUUUGAAGGCAUCCCCAUCUGGUAGAAACAUAAGAAGUCCUCCUCUGCAGAGGAUAUCGAAAAGUCCACUUCCUCGUCGACUGUCCAGGAGUCCACGACGAACGAGAAGUCCAGCUCCCAGAAGGCUUUCUAGAAGUCCUCUUCCACGUUCAUCAAGGAGUCCAGUGUCAAGGAUGAUAUCCAAAAGUCCACAUCAUCAUUCAAGAAGUCCUGCUCUUCGAAGAAUAUCAAGGAGUCCUCUCCCACACCUAUCAAGAAGCCCCCUUCCUAUAAGGAGGCUUGGAGAUAAAAGCCCAUCUCCUAGACGUCUUCAUAGGUUAUCACCCUCCUCACAUAGAUCAUAUAGUCCUAAUAGGAAAAAUCAGAGAUUUUCUGAAAGUCCUCUGUCUCCACAGAAUUACAGCACACGCAGUCAACAUUUUAGAAGGUCUCUUAGCCCCAUGGCAAGAAGAGGGCAGAAUAUGAUCAUGAAAUCUCAUAGUCCUUUUGGUAGGUCACCUAGCCCCAGUGGUAGAAAAGAAUGGGGCCAUGGCAGACGAUCAGGAAGCCUAUUUGAAAGAAAUUCAAGAAGUCUGUCUCCUCAGAACAGAAUAGGAAGAGGAAGCACUCCUCCAAGGGAGAGAAACCAAAGGUUAACCAGCAGAGGUGGCAGGGGUGGCUUUGGGUACCAAGGCUAUGAUCGAGCAGCAGACAAUGCUCAUGUGAGCCGUUUUCCCCAGAGCAAUGCUCUUGCUGCAGCAGGAAGGCUAGAAUUUCCUCCUGGCUUUAAUAAUUAUAAUGUGAAUAAUAAUCAGCGUCGUCUUGAAUAUGAUGAGAUGAAUUCAGAUCCACUUGCCAGAUCGGGAUGGUCUCAAGGAACCAGAAAUGAUAGAGAUUAUUCUCCCCAUAGGAUUGCAGAAGGUGGCUGGCAGAGUCAGUAUCAGCAAAGAGACCGUCCAGGCCCCCUUAUAUAUCCCCAUCCAGAUGAUCAGUUUGACAACCGUGGCCAUAACCUUAACAGACUUGGCCAUCAGGGCCCAGUAACUCAAGGUGCUCGUGGUAGAGGGCGGGGAAGGAUAAGUUCUCCCAAACCACUCAUGUAUAGAUCAAUAUCUCCUCCUCCCCAUCUGGAGAGAUCACCUCAAAGGUUCCCUGUAGGUAAUAGAUUUAGUGAAUUACCUCCUCAAGGUCAGAAUGAGCGUCGUCGACGUUUCUCGCCUGGCAGAUUACCACCCAGAAAUGAAAGAUCCAGAUCCAGAUCUCCAUAUUCAGGUGGAUCACAGAUGCAAAUUCAAGGUGGGAGAGGAAGACCCUUAUCUCCAAGGGAGCAGUUAAGGAGAGGGCCAAGGACACCACCCAUACCACCAAAUAAAAAACUGUCUCCUAGACAAUCAGUUUGGCCUGAAGAGAAGGGCAGUGUGCAGACCAAUAGAGGAAGUCCAUCAUUUGUUAAUGAGAAAAUGCCAAGCACUAGUGGUUCAAAUCAAAAUUCUGACAGAUAUUCACAUAGAAGUAAGUCUCCCUCAAAUUCAAGAGAACAAUUUAGAACUAGAGACUUGGGAUCACACCACCAGCAGUAUCAAGGUGGCAGAGGUCAUUCCCCACCCUUUGAUAGAAGACAAGAAGAGAAGUACACAGGUGACCUCCGUGACCGCUUGGGAAGAGAUCCUGGGUCCCAUAUCUCACAGGAUAAGAGCAAGAAAGGGAGAUUACAGUCUCCACAGAAGGGUGAAAGUAGAAGUAGGGCGAAUGCUGGUGGGGGUAGGGGCCGAGGACGAGGUAACAGGGCCCGACGGCCUGGUAGUCCUGACCGCAGUAGACGUCAGGUCCCUCAAAAUACAGAAGUUUCUCUUCAGCAACAACCUAGAAGCCCCUCUAGUCAUCAGAAGGGUGCAUCUUCUUCAGGAUCCUGGGAGAGAAAAGGUAGCAAGAGCUCCACGCUGCAAGGGAAAGCUAAUCCUAAAUAUAGCCAUCAGUCCCCCGAGAGGCAUGGUCGUAAUGGAAGUCCAUGGUUGGAACCAGUCACUCCAGAAAAACAAAGUCAGACAGGAGGAGAUCGCUCUGUAUCACCUGCAGCCAACAUGGGUGAACCGCAAAAGGCAAAAUCAAGCAAACCUGAUGCGAAAUCAGCUGAGAAAGGCAAGGAAAUUGAAAGGAAGCCUAGAACAAACAAUAAGGAAAAGGAGGAUCUUUCUUCCAAAGGAAAAAGAGAUAUGCCCAAAAGAAGUGAUAAUAAUUCUCAAGAUCAGCAGAGUAAGAAAAACAAUGGUAGUGGACAGUUAUUGCCACAGGAUGGCAAAAAAGCUGCGGUGAAACCAAAAGAAGAACAAAGACAAACAUUUAAGAACAAAAAUGGGAAAGAAAAAGAAGAAAAGAAGGAUGAUGAUGGUAUCGAAAAGAAAAAGAAAAAAAGAAAGAAGAAAUACAGAAAGGUAAGUAAAGAAGAAGGAGAAGAUGAUAGCGAUGAUGAUGAAUCUGUGAAGAGCAAAUCAAGCAAGAAGAAGAAAAAGGAAAAGAAGAAGAAGAAGGAUAGUAAGAAAAAGAAGAAGAAGCAUAAGAGAGCAGACAGUGAUAGUGAUGAAGUUGAACAACCCAGAAGUAAAAGUCAAAAAGAAGGCAAAAGGAACACUGAGGAUCUACCUGAUCUACGUCAGACGUUGAAACGUAAAAUAGAUUCUUCUGUAGAUAGAAGCACUAAUAGACCUGAAGGAAGCAAAAAAGAGGAAAAAUCACAAAGAAAGGAGAGAGAUGAAGAAAAAGAUAGCAAGAGUCACCUGAAUGAUGAGAGCACUAGAAAGAAAAGGCCUG